CGAAAUCUUAUGUCGAUGUUCAUUGUUUACACUAUGUAACGAUUUCAUAACCUAGAAAGAAAGACAGAAAUAAGUUUCCAUAGCAUACAAUCGUACUUAUUCCACAAAUUUUGUAUACUUUACAUAAAAUUAUAAAAUAACUUUUAAACAGAAUGUAUUGCAACAUGAUGACAUAUAAUUAAUAUGCUUUUAAUCAGCUUUUGAAGUGACCGAUCUCAAAUUAUUACUCAUAUUGAAGCGAUACAAUUAUGUUAACUUGUAUGAACAGAUUUAGAAAAAUGUUUAUGUGUGUGUGUGUAUAUACAUCAAUUACAACAAUAAACAUGUAAUCGUUAUGCAGAAAAUUUAAUGUAACCCAUAUAAAAUCGGAAAGGUGAUAGAAUUGUUCUUAAACACGGUCACAUGGAAGGAAUUAAACAAAACACAACAUAUUAUACUCUUUAGGUUAAAGUAUUAAAAUAUUUUAUAGUUGUGUUCAUAUACAUUGUAAUAAUCAUUGUUCAUUAACAAAUUAGUAACGAUAUGGAGAAUCAAAUCCAUUCAGAAUUAAUCAUGAAAGAAGAAAAACUAGAAGAGUCAGAUCAAGAGUUGAGCAACAAUAAUAUUACGACAGUAACAAUAGCAGUUAGUACAAAUACAUCUACCACUACUACUAUUGCUAUCGAAAGUAAAGGUAAUACACAUGAUGGAGCAGAGUCAGCAAUUGGUAUCAGACCAAGGCCAUUAAUUUGUAAGCCAGAAAAUGUAAAUAUUGGAUGUAAAUCAGAACCCAUAGAAAAUAAAUGGCAUUGGGCACCAGGGGCAUGGCAAGAUGCUACAAGGACAAGCGCUUUUCAACCUUACAAACCACCUACUUUACUCACAAAUUUGCAAAGAGGUAAUACACAGACAGAAAUACCUCAACUUUAUAGUAAUAGUGAUAUUACAUUUCACACAUUGGCUGGGCAAGGAGAACUGACUCCUGAACAAAUACAUCCAAAUACCGUGGAUUUACCUGAUGAAAAAGGAUUAACUGGUCUUAUGUGGGCUGCUGGAUAUGGACAAUUAGGGAGUGCAAGACAGCUGCUUAAAGCUGGUGCUAAUAAAAACUAUCGUGGUCUUAAUGGAGAAACACCUUUGCAUUUGGCAGCUGCUUAUGGACAUCAUGAUCUUGUAAAAUUAUUAUUAAACCAUGAGGCAGAUUCAAAUGCAAGCGAUGAGGAAGGAAAUACUCCACUGAUGUAUGGAGCACAUGGUAACCAUUCACAUGUGUGUUAUGAAUUAUUGUCACGGGGAGCUGAUGUUACAAAACGUAAUAUACAUAACAUAAGUGCUUAUCAUGCAGCAGUAUUAAACAAUUCAUUGACUGCUAAAGCAGUUAUUGAGAAUUAUCUAUUACAACAAGUGGUUAAUGACCCCUUAUAACAAAGUACAAUUAUAUGCUUUUAUAGACUCAAAGAGUUACACAAAUAGAGAAUUAAUAUUUAUAUCUUAACAUUUUAAUAAACGUAUAUUAUUUUCA